UCGAAAAAUAAGAAUUUGAAAGGACCCUUCAUGGUUCAACUCUGCACUAAACUGCCCUCAUCAAAAGCGUGGCACAAAUUCUGUGAAAACUUUUCAUUUUCUUCAUCCCCCAUCUCUCAACCGCUUUACAACCAUCUUCCCCCCACAUUUCAUCUCUUUUUCCCUCCCAAAGAAAUAUCAAUCAAUAAUGGAAAUGCAAAAUCACCAACAAUGUUUCUUGGUAACAUUUGCACUAUUAUUAUUAUUAGUAAUAUUGCAUCAUCAAUCAUAUGCCAUAGAGCAUUUAGUUGGUGACUCAAUUUGGACUAUCCCUCCCACUAAUAACUUCUACACCAAUUGGUCUUCUCACCAAAUUUUCUUCCCUGGAGACACUCUCUAUUUUGAUUUUGAACCAGAAUUUUACAAUGUGAUGCAAGUGUCAAGAAGAGAAUAUGGUGAUUGCACGGGUGAUAAUCCAUACAAGGUAUUUAGUGAUGGCCCAGUGAAUAUUACAUUAAUGGAGGCUGGUGUGUUUUACUACAUCUGUAGCAUUUUAAACUAUUGUUCAUUAGGCCAGAGGUUUACUGUCACUGUCCUUCAAAAUAAUCGCUCUCUACCAACUUCCUCGCCCUCAUCCUCGCCUUUGCCUUCAAUGUGAGGCGGAUUCAGAAUUUAAAAUCAUCGAAUCGACUUUAAGGUUUUCAGUAUUGAAUUGUUGUACUUUUGAUGGUAUGGGUUUUAGAAAUUUUAAUAUUUGUUGAAAUUUUAGUGGUUUUCAAGUCCCAAUAGUUCACUGGAAGAAAUUUUUUUAUUUACAGCUGGUC